AUGGCCAACAACAAUUACAAUAACGAAGAUAAUUUCAAAAUGGACCAUAAAAUAUUAGACAGCUGCGAUGAAGUGGAUUUUGUACGUGUUACACACAACAACAACAACGAGUAUGAAGAAUUGAGUAGCACCCAAGUUGCAGGGUUUACCGACAGCAACACCAAAGCUACAACAUCAGCGACAACUACAUCAGCAGCAGGAGCAGCAGCAGCAAUUGGCGAACCAAAUGGCAACAACACAUUAAAAAAGUCAAAGGAACGUCGCACUCUGUUCAAUUUUGGCAGCAACAAAAAAUAUCAACAACAACAGCAGCAGCAGCAUCAGCAAGUGGAUGUUGCCGCGACCAGCGAUACUUUUGAGGCGCCGCCUGCACCUGCAGUGCCAAUUGGUACACCACCUCGCCAACACAAAUUCGUCAAGAGUCACAGCUUAGCUCGUCUUCUGGGCAACACUUACAAUGCCAAGAAAUUUGAAAAAGAAGAGCAAAAACGUAAAGCCAAUGAGGUGGGCAAUGGGAGUGGAAAUGGUAAAUUCAAUACCUUUAGUGGGCGACGUGGUAGGGCUGGUCCUUAUCUGGAACGUUUUACUCGGGUCUCCAAAGAGGAUGGCGACAUUGCCUACGACGAUUCAAAGGUGACAAAUAUGAUGACACUUACCACAGAUUCACGCGACUUGCUUUAUGGAUCAAGACAAGAGCAUAGGGGAGAGCAGGAGUGUCAGACACCUCAAGAGCCUAAUGUCCCCCAUCAUCACCAGCGGCAACAGGAUCAUCAACACAAUUUAAGCUCCAGGACCAUGAAAACACUGACACGCAGUUUGGGUAAACUCUGGUGGAAGCGUACCCACAGUGUGGAGAUAAGCACACCAGAUCCUGAAUUUAAAGUUUCAUAUUUAGGCAAUGUCCUAACAGGAUGGGCCAAAGCUGGAGAGGGUUGUGUGGAGAAACAAUUGAACACACUGUGGCGCAAUUAUACCCAACAUUCCAAGCCCGAUGUUAUAAUGCGUGUUAAGGUCUGUGCCUCAGGAUUGAAAGCAACCACCAGACAACACGGACUAACCGAAUACUGGAGUAACCGGAUAACAUAUUGCUGUGCCCCCAAAAAUUAUCCACGGGUCUUUUGUUGGAUUUAUCGUCAUGAGGGUAGAAAAUUGAAGCAUGAACUACGUUGCCAUGCAGUUCUGUGCAGUAAGGAGAAGAUUGCCCAGGAUAUAUGCGAGACUUUGAAAGAGAAUCUUGAAAGUGCUUUGCGUGAAUUUAAACGUGAGAAAAUUCUAAAGCAAAACGCUCGUCUCAGUUUAGCCAACGCGGUAUACGAUAAUCCAAGUUUACCACGUCGCAAGAUUAUGUUGAGCGUCGGCGGCAAUAAUUAUCGCCCACCAUUGGAACGGUCUAAGUCAGCACCAAAGCUAAUGGCAAUUGAAGAGGCUAUUGGCGAGGAGGAGGGUGAUGAAAUCGAAGAUACAAACGAGCCAGAAAUGAUGCCGUGCUGUCAGAAGGACUCUCUUUAUCCGGCAAUGACAUUGGGACGCCGUCGUUGUCGCCGAGGACAUUCGAUAAGGCGCACAGGAAAGAUCAAAAUGGCAGCAUCAUGCUGUUCCACACACGAUCAGGAGCCAAAUGUUCCGAUGGAGACGAAGCAAGAGAACAAAGCAAGGGAUAUUCAAAGCAACGAUGGCUCCGACUCCGAUGACUUUGAAAAGCUCUUAAAAUUUGACACAACUUUGAGUAACGAAUUAUUGCCUUAUUUUGAUAUGCAACUUCAUAAGAGUAGCAGUCGAAGCAUGACUAGUUUAAGUGAAUAUCAAGACGGGGAGGCACAGGAAGUCGGUGACAAGGAUGUGCUUGAAGAGGAACCACUUAGUCUGCUACCCAUCAUCAAUAGUGAUCCAAGUGCCGAUCCUGAAGCGGAUUAUCAAACUAAAAGUGCCCCAAGAAUGGUUAAUGAUGGCGAUGAAGAUGUGGAAAUCGUUGGAGUCGAAGAGGAGGAUUAUAUGGAUGAUGCUGAUGACCAUUAUUUCCGUCAAGCGGCUAUGUUAACCAUGCUCCAUCGCAGUUCCAUGCGUAAGAUUCGAGCCAGUCACGAAACUGCUAGCCUCCAAUUUCGACAUCAGGCUCAAUCUUCUAUUUCGUCGAAUGCCUCUAGCUCUACAACAGCCAGCUCGACGGCCGCUCGGGCCAGCUCCACAACAUCUUCACAACAUGGUCUUUUGCAAAGUCCAGACAGUGAUGAAGGCUCCAUUUCAAGCGGCUGUGAAACAGCCAGCACAGUUACAAAUGUGAAUCCAGAACAUGAACAGGAGCAAGUGCUGGAGCAAAUGAUGAUGUACCAAAGAUUGGAGCCGCAGUUGAGACUUAGCGAUAUAAGCACCACCUAUAGCAGCUCUAGUAGCAUUACGCUCAAAAUGAGUGAAGAGGAUGCACCUAACCAGACAGAUGAUGGCUCUGAUAGUGAUGAAAGCGGCUAUGUAGAGUUUCAAGAAAAGGAUAAGGUUAAUGCUGUUGGUGCUUCGACUAAUGAUCGUCCUGCUCGUGUGAAGCCCCAGUUGCCACCAAAGCCGGCGCCAAGGCGCUCGAUCAGUCAUGUUGCUGUUGGUGCUGCAGAAAGUAUGCUUUAAAUUUUGUUAUCUCUCCGCAAGGGAAAUUGAAUUCUUAAUUGUAGCAAUUAAUUAACUAGUAAUAGACAUACAUUUUUUGUUGUUGGUUCAUCAUUCUUAACGAAAUAUAUAUUAAAUAAAUAUGAUAUUAUACCUCUAUCCCUUCCUCUUGUUAAUGGAAACAAAUUUGAUGAAUAUAUAUAUGUAUAAUAUUAAUAUGAUUUGUAAAUACACUAAGCAGUCUUAAGAAAACCACUCACCCGCAUAAACAAAAUUGUAUCAAUUUAAAUUAUUAAUUAAAAACGGUAAAAACAAAAAAACUUGAAGACAGUGUUAAAGGAAAUACAGACGAGACAACGAGAAUGAAAGUAAAGGACAUUUGUUAAGCCAACUAAAUGUCAUUCACCUAAUA